AUGACACAUCCCUGGCCUACUCCUCUCACUGCCAUGCAUACUCCUGGAAACUCUGAGCAGAACACAUUUUCCAUCCUAGGGCAGGAAUCCCAAAAUAUGACUCCAGGAUUUACCUUACAAAAGUGGAAUGACCCAACCAACAGAGCUUCUACAAAGAUGCUUGAGGACGACCUGAAGCUGAGCAGUGAUGAAGAUGACCUUGAGCCUGUGAAGACCUUGACUACUCAGUGCACUGCCACUGAGCUCUACCAGGCUGUUGAAAAGGCAAAACCUAAGAAUAAUCCUGUGAACCCACCCUUGGCCAAGCCUCAGCCCCCACCUGCAGUGCAAGCCAGUGGGGGAUCCGGCAGCUCCAGUGACUCAGAGAGCAGCUCAGAGUCAGAUUCAGACACUGAAAGCAGCACCACGGACAGCGAAUCCAAUGAGGUGCCUCCUGUGGCAACUCCAGAGCCCGAGCCGCCCUCAACCAACAAGUGGCAGUUGGAUAAGUGGCUUAACAAAGUGACGUCCCAGAACAAAUCAUUUAUUUGUGGCCAAAAUGAGACACCCAUGGAGACGAUUUCUGUGCCUCCUCCAACCAUCCAACCAAUGGAAGUCCAGGUCAAAGUUAAAACAACUCCCAACCAGAUCCUGGCUGAACCCAAAGAGAGGCCUCUCCUCAGUCUCAUCAGGGAAAAAGCCCGUCCACGAUCCACCCAGAAAACUCUAGAAACAAAGGCUUUGAAGCAUAAGUUGUCAGAAACUAUUGAUACAGUUUCUCAAAGGACAAUUGGGAAAAAACAGCCCAAAAAGGUUGAGAAGAACACUGGCAUUGACGAGUUGACCUGGCCCAAACCAAAUAUUACCAGCAGCACUCCCAAAGAAAAAGGAAGUGUGGAGCUUCCUGACCCACCAAGAAGCCGCAACAAAGCCACUGCCCACAAACCAAUCCCCAGGAAAGAACCAAGGUCUCACAUCCCAUUGGCUUCAGAGAAGAAGAAAUAUAGAGGGUCUGGGAAAAUCGUGCCAAAGUCCCGGGAAUUCAUUGAAACAGAUUCGUCUACAUCUGAUUCCAACACAGAUCAGGAAGAAACCCUGCAGAUCAAAGUCCUGCCUCCUUGCACUGCUCCUGGGGGCAACUUUGCCAAAUCCAAGGAAACCUGUGGUGCUAGUAAGACCCUCAGCACCCUAGUCAGCAGCAGCAGCAGUUAUAACAAUUUAUCCAUCAAUAAUGAGGAGCCAACUUUUUCACCCAUCCCUAUAAUGCAAACUGGGCUUCUAUCUCCUCUAAGAGAGCAGGAAAAUCCAAAAAAUCUCUGGGUAAAGAUUGACCUUGACUUACUAUCUAGAGUACCUGGCCACAACUCACUCCAAGCAGCAUCAGCCAAGCCAGACUACAAAGAGGCUUCCUCAAAACCCAGGCGUCAGAUUGCUGCUGCAGCUGUGGAAAAACCCACCCUUAAGGGCAAGAGGAAGCACAAGCCAACAGAAGUUGCAGAAAAAAUCCCCGAGAAGAAGCAACGCCUGGACGAUGCCACCACUAUCUGCCUGCUACCCCCUUGCAUCUCACCAGCCCCACCCCACAAGCCUUCUUACACUAAAGAAAAUAAUUCAUCCAGGAGAGCAAAUAGAAGAAAAGAAGAAAAGCUGUUCCCUCCUUCACUUUCCCCACUGCCAGAGGAUCUUCCACGCAGCAGAAACAUCAGUGGCAAUAAUGGUUUCUUCAGUCAAGACAAAAACAUCCCUAUGAUUGGACAGUUCAACUCUGCCAAACCUAAGAGGAGUGAAGGCAAAUUCUGUGCUACUUUCAAAGGGAUAUCUGUAAAUGAGGGAGACACUCCAAAAAAGGCAACCUCUGCCACCGUUACUGUCACCAACACUGCUAUUGCCACUGCUACUUCUACUGCCAUUGUUACCAUCCCUGUCAUAGCCACUGCCACUGCUACUGCCACGGCUACUACCACAAGCACUACUACUACCAUUUCCACCAUCACCUCUACCAUCACUACUGGCCUAAUGGGUAGCAGACACCUGGAGAUGACGUCCUGGGCAGCCCUGCCCCUUCUUUCCACCAGCACCACCAGUGUCCGGAGACCCAAACUCACUUUUGAUGACUCGGUUCACAAUGCUGAUUAUUACAUGCAAGAGGCUAAGAAGCUGAAGCACAAAGCUGAUGCACUGUUCGAGAAAUUUGGCAAAGCUGUGAAUUAUGCUGAUGCAGCCCUGUCUUUCACCGAAUGUGGCAAUGCUAUGGAGCGUGACCCUCUGGAAGCAAAGUCUCCAUAUACCAUGUACUCUGAGACUGUGGAGCUCCUCAGGUAUGCGAUGAGGCUGAAGAACUUUGCAAGCCCCUUGGCUUCAGAUGGGGACAAAAAACUGGCAGUAUUAUGCUACAGAUGUUUAUCACUUCUCUACUUGCGAAUGUUUAAACUGAAGAAGGACCAUGCUAUGAAGUACUCCAGAUCCCUGAUGGAAUAUUUUAAGCAAAAUGCUUCAAAAGUCACUCAGAUACCAUCUUCAUGGGUAGGCAAUGGAAAGAACACUCCAUCUCCAAUGUGUCUCAACAAUGUCUCUCCCAUCGAUGCAAUGGGGAAUUAUAACAAUGGCCCAGUCAUCAUCCCCCAGCGCAUUCACCAUAUGGCUGCCAGCCAUGUCAACAUCACUAGCAAUGUGUUACGGGGCUAUGAACACUGGGACAUGGCCGACAAACUGACAAGAGAGAAUAAAGAAUUCUUUGGAGAUCUGGACACACUGAUGGGGCCUCUGACCCAGCACAGCAGCAUGACCAAUCUUGUCCGCUACGUUCGCCAGGGACUGUGUUGGCUGCGCAUCGAUGCCCAUUUGUUGUAGUGGGUGCUCCCCCAUGUCCAACAUUACCAUCCAUCACUCUACCUCUACCAGAGUAUCAAUGGUUACUGGUGGAACGCCACUCAUUUGGAACGUUCUCUUUAUGUUUGUUUUUGUGCUUUUCUCGAUAUCUGUGAAAAACAGAAAUCAUUGUAAGUGGACACUACAACUUGAGAACAGUGUAUGUUUUAUUACUUAGUCAUUUUUUAGUAUUUUGUAUGCAUUUA